AUGCCUAAGACGGUAGGAGGAAGCCAGGUGCAGGUUGGACCUUCAGAGACUCAAGAGGCUGGAAACUUUGGAAAUCCUAAGAUACCCAAGUGUACGUCAACGGUUACAACAUUGAAGUCACAACUAUCCAAAGCGAAGGACAAAGUGUGUCGACGAUCGCCACUUUUAUCAUUCCUUCAGCUGCCAAAUGAGUUGCUGGUGAAAAUCAUCACAAUUGCUUUUACGCUGGAGGAACCACGACGCAUCAUCAUCAGCCGACCUCCAAAAACAAACGACGAUAUCAUCGGAUACGAUAUGGUAGGGCUGUACGCAUGCCCGCACCCAUUUCAGUUGGUCAGCCACAAAUUUCGCGAGAUGACUUUGGUGGCUAGGAAACCCCUUUUUGCUGUUCAUAAUUCUCUUGGAAUGGUGGUUGCGCCUGGACACAUUUCUUGCGAUAUCGAGAAGGAUGAGAUCGUAAUCCUCCAGUCUGUGCUAGACUAUGGAACUGAAUAUUACGUUCCUGAUUUGUUACGGAUGUUGCUGGUUCAGAUAUACUGCAGAGAAUAUCUCUCCCCUUCGCAGAUCAAGACGAUCCACAAGUUCCCAGAUGUCUCUAAAGUCAUAUUCAUUCACGAGGCCUAUCGUCGCCAGUACCUCCCAGUCGGAUCACACCACUUGGUUCAACAUGGGUUGCUUCCUUGGAGAGAGCAACUAAUUAAGGAUGAGAUAGCCGAGGAUAGUAUGGACCAUCAAAUGAAGUAUCCCAAUGAUAACCGUCCUGGUUUUGUAUGGGCCAGGAAGUCGAGAUUCUCACAGGGCAAAACUCCUACUGAGCCAUUUGUAGAACCCAUGUAUAUCAAGAUGAAGCUAGCUAAGGAUUCAUUCAAGAUGUGGCUAUACCCUAAGCUCCAUCCAGAGUUUGGCGAAGAAGAGGUGCGGCGACGCGCUCACUGGGUAGCGACUGGACAUUGGAGCAACAGAACCAUCUGCGAAGGCAAAAGUCACAGAUGCAAAUCGAGAAGUCGGUUUCCCAAAUUGGGCAUCUGA